AUGCCUCCCCGUGGUCCGCGCGCUGGCGCGAGGGGUGGUAGGGCAAGAGGUGGUGCAUCGGGUAGAGCAGGUCGGGGAGGAGCUGUAGGGAGAGCUCCGGUAGAUGAGGUCGACGAGGCAGGAACCAGCUCUGCCGCAGUAACCACUCAAAAUGAGGGAAGCACAGAUGGCGGGGAUGUAAUAAUGCAAGAGCCACCUGCGCGGGAGACGGUGGAAACCCCGGCAACAUUCGACGCCCCAAGUGACCAACCAGCAACUACGAGUUCACGGCAGUCACAAACACCAAGUGCCACACCUUCUCGCGCUGGUGGCCGUUUUAGACCUAAGAAUAUUCGUCGUGAUGCUGCGGAGCGUGCAAAAUUAGAGGAAGAAAGAAAUCGUGCUUUGGCCAUAAAAAUCAAAGAAGAGGAACGCGAACAGCGUGCGGAAGAACGACGAGCAAAACGAGGAAGAGGUCGGGGGCGAGGUGACGCAUCUUCACGCGGUUUCCUUCGACGAACCAUAACAGCCGCAGGUCCAUUCUCUGCAAUUCCACAAGAAAACGUGAAAGGAUCUGGUAGUUGGGGUGGCGCUGGUUCUUCCGCAAAAUCAGAUUUCAGUGCCCAAUUUAACUCGCUCAGAUAUCGUCCAAGACGAGAGAACGAGGAGAGACUGGAUACUGAUCUCCUUAGCGGGUUCACUGGAUUUACUCCGGACGGAAAGCCGAUUUACCAAGAUCCACCCCAAUACAGUCAGAAGCCAUCUGGAAGCCUUCCUAUUGGUCUUAUUCGAUCUGAACACGAAGAGGACGAAGUCAAAGUUAAGACUACAGCCGAGUUAGAAGCGGAAGAACAACAAUCUGAUGACGAAGAUUUAUUCGUUUCGCAAGCAGUUAAGAACGCAACCGAAGCUCCUGGAGCCGAUGACGGUGAAGUUUGGCACGCUGCUCCUAAGAGUCAAGUGAAGGUCAAGACUGAGCCAGGCAUGGAUCCGGACGCAAUGGACGUCGAUAUGUCCGAUAUCCCCGAGGUUAAGACGCCCCAUUCGCCUGACGAUAAGAAAAAAUCGGGCAUCGACAAAGAUACUGCUGCUGUUGCUGCUGCUGAAAAGAAGAAGAAGCAGAAGGACAAAGCGGCUAAGGACCCUGAAGUCUUACAAGCCCUGCACGAUCUAGAAGUUCAACUCGACACAUUUCGCUUCAAAGAACCCGCUGCCGAAGAGAACGAAGGCGAGGAUGAGAAGAAGCUUCAAGAAAAGGACGACCUUCUAUUCCUCUUCCAACUGCCGCCUAUUCUCCCGCCGCUGGUCAGACCUACAGAUGAUACGAACGGUCAAACUGCAAUUCCCAACCCCAUCUCCCGAGAGAGCAGCAGUGGAGCUCCUGGCUCCAAGAUCAAGCCGGAAGAUGGUGUUGAAAAGGAGAAAGAGUGGAACCCAUGGGCAACGCUUCCACCGGAGGGAGGUCUCAUUGGCAAAAUGAAUGUGCGCAAGUCAGGCAAAGUCGAGUUCGAUUGGGGCGGUACCAAAUUGGAUUUGGGUGUAGGAACGGAGACAUCAUUUUUGACUACGGCUAUGAUGGUCGAACAGAACAUCGACCUACAGAACCCUGAGAAGAGCACCGGAGUCGCCUGCGGCAUGGGCGAAAUUAUGAACAAAUUCGUCCUGGUGCCAAUCUGGGAUGAGGAAGAAGAUUGGGACCCUGACCUUUCCGAGAUUGAGGGUCUCCGGCAAUAA